GCUGCUGAUUAACUUCCUUUUCCGCUUGCUUCGCUAAAACGCAAUCAUGGCUGACGGCGUAGCAACUAUAAGAACGCGAAAGUUCAUGACCAACCGACUGCUAUGCAGAAAACAGAUGGUUGUCGAUGUCUUGCAUCCAGGCAGAGCUACUCUUCCCAAGACUGAAAUCAGAGAAAAGUUGGCCAAGGCUUACAAAGUGACAGCUGAUGUCAUCUUUGCCUUUGGAUUCCGUACCCACUUUGGUGGAGGCAAGACCACUGGCUUCGCCUUGAUCUACGAUACUUUGGAUAAGGCUAAGAAGUUUGAGCCCAAGUACAGACUUGCCCGUCAUGGUCUUCUUGAAAUUAAAAGAAGUGGCAGAAAGCAGAGGAAGGAGAGAAAGAACAGACAGAAGAAGGUCAGAGGUACCGCAAAGACGAAAGUGGGCGCUGGGAAGGACAAGAAGUAAUCGGAUGUGCCAGGAGAGAACAUGUGUUUUAUUCUUUAUUUCUAUAAGAAAUAAAUCCAUAGGUCAACCAUA